UCUUGUUUAAUUCGUUCAGAUAACAGAGUUAUCUAUUUUGAAAUAUGUAGAUUUUAUUUCCAAGGAUCGUAAAAAUGGCCAAGCUAACUGAUAUGGAGGACAUUGAGAUUUGUCCAAAGCCUUCCAUGGACGUUAAUGACGAAUUCGAAGAAGUAGUUGGGUUUGAUGAUGAUGUAGAAAUUAUAAGUGAAUAUUUGAAGAGAAGGACAUCAACAAAUCUAGAUGUUAUUUCGAUUGUUGGAAUGGCUGGAAUAGGGAAAACAGCUCUGGCUAGAAAGAUAUACAAUAGUAAUUCUAUUAUUAAACAUUUUGAUGUUCGAGCUUGGUGCUCCGUUUCACAAAUAUAUGAUGUGAGAAAGUUAUUGCUUGAGAUUUUAAAACAAAUUAUGUGUGAUGAGUGUGUUACUGCAGAAGAUGAUCUUUACUGUAUGUUCAGGAAGCGUCUCAUGGCAAGAAGAUUUCUCAUUGUAUUAGAUGACAUAUGGGAAUGUAAGGCGUGGGAUAACUUACAAUUAUGUGUAGGUAGUAAUUAUGGAAAGGGAAGUAGAGUAAUGGUAACAACUAGAAAUGAAAAGUUGGCUAUGCAUAUGAGGCAGCAUACUGAUCCCUAUUCGCUUCCAUUUCUAAAUGAUGAAAAAAGUUGGGAAUUAUUGCAGAAGAAAGUGUUUCAAGGAGAGAAUUGUCCUUCGGAGCUAAGCAAUGUAGGACCACUAGUUGCCAAAAAAUGCAGAGGAUUGCCUUCUCUGAUUAUCAUGAUUGCUGGAAUUCUUUCAAGCAAGAAAAAAGAAGCGGAUUUGUGGCUUAAGGUUGCAUAUGAUAUAUGUUCUCAUGCUUUCGAAACAGAGAUGAGCUUGAAGACAAGUUAUGACCAUUUAGCUAACCAUUUAAAGCCGUGCCUUAUCUACAUGGCAUUGUUUCCUAAAAGUUAUGAAAUUCCAGUGUCUGAUCUACUCGAGUGGUGGAUAGCUGAAGAGUUUGUGCAGAACAUUGAUACGUGGAGGCUAGAAGAAUUAUCAGAGAUUUGCUUGUAUGAUCUUGUUAGCAGAAACCCGGUAAUGGUUUCUAAAACAAGAUCGAAUGGUAAAAUGAAAUGUUGCAUAAUUCUUGAUCAAGUUUGUGAGUUUUGCUUGAGAAAAAUUACAGAAGAAAAGUUCAUGCAGCUCAUAGUGCCGUAUAGUUAUCCAGAGGAACAAAGGUUAUGUAUGUACAUACAUGACCGUACUAUGACAAGUGAUUUCAAGGGAAGUGAUCAUAAGGAGUUCAUUGUUCAUCCGAAAUUCAGAAUAUUGGACCGUAAGAAUCCUUUCCGUUUGCUUAAUAACUUAAGACUUGUUCGGGUUUUACAUUUAUUGGAUAUCUACUUGGACAAUUCUUUGAGUGCUAAAUUUCAGUCAUUCCCACACUUGAGGUACCUUGCAAUAUUUGCUAAAGCAUUUGAUUUGAAAUGGGUGUCACACCUACUUCAUCUACAAACUUUGCGGGUUCGUUCAUCUUAUAUAAUGAUAUCCUCUGUUAUAUGGAAAAUGUCAAAGUUGAGGCAUGUGGACAUAAACAAAUUUCCCGUUACAGUAUGGGAAGAAGAAGAUGAUAUUGUGUUAGAUCACUUGAAGACUCUUGGAAUGUGUUGUAUGUCCGUGGCUGACAUGACUCGAAAGUUUUGGGACAAGUUUCCAUAUCUUGAAGAACUCAAGCUCCACGUUAAUGAAUUUGGAGAUCAUGUUUCUGAUUACUCAAACUCUGCAUUGAUGAAUUUGGAUACUAUUCUGCCCUCGCGUCUCAAGUGUUUGUCCCUCAGUGAAAUGUUCCUAACGCAUGAAUUAGUUUCAAGUAUUGCAGAAUUGCGAUACCUUGAGACUCUUAAAUUAUCCGAGAUAUACUUUGCAGGGGAAAGGUAUUGGGAUCUCGGUGAUUACACGUUUGAAAAACUCAAGUUUUUGAAAUUACAUCGUGUUUUUAUGACCAAAUGGAGUUGCAGAGAGGAAUCAUUUCCUUGCCUUGAAUAUCUUGUAAUAAAAAGUUGUCCCAAGCUUGAAGGGAUCCCGGAGGCCUUUGUUUAUAAUAUACCAUUGGAAUUGAUAAAAGUUAUCGAUUGUAGCGAUUCUGUUGGUAAUUCAGCUUUGAAAAUUAAAAAAGAAUCAGAAGAAUAUUAUGGGUUUACCUCCCUCAAAGUUCAUAUCUUGAAGAAAGACAAACGAUGAUGUUGUGAUUCCGAGCAACAGAAUCAUCCAUCGGACUUGUGAACUUCUAGUCAGAGGAUGCAUCAGAUGAAAGGUUCUGCUUUGUGGAUUGAUUGAUUUGCAUAUCAGCAAGCUGCUAUUGUCCGCAGGAUAUCAAUGUCUAUUUCGUUUUGUGCUUUGUAAGCUAUGUUCUUAUAUGUAAUUUCACAGACGGAGCCAGAUUUUAAAGCUUAUGGAUUCUAAUUUUUUAUCA